GGGCGGGGCGGGCGCAGGGCGGAUAAGAGCGCGGCGGGCGGAGGCGCCUGCGAGCGCGGCGCCCUGUCCGCGCUGGGCGUGUGAAGCCAUGGCUAUCCUGUUUGCUGUUGUUGCAAGGGGCACCACCAUCCUUGCCAAACAUGCCUGGUGUGGAGGAAACUUCCUGGAGGUGACAGAGCAGAUUCUGUCCAAGAUACCAUCUGAAAACAACAAACUGACCUAUUCUCAUGGAAAUUACCUGUUUCAUUACAUUUGCCAAGACAGGAUUAUAUACCUCUGCAUCACAGAUGAUGACUUUGAACGAUCUAGAGCCUUCAACUUCCUGAAUGAAAUAAAGAAGAGGUUUCAGACUACAUAUGGCUCAAGAGCGCAGACAGCCCUUCCAUAUGCUAUGAACAGCGAGUUCUCGAGUGUCUUAGCUGCCCAGCUGAAAUACCAUUCAGAGAGCAAGGGUACUGACCAGGUGGCAGAGACGCAAGCCCAAGUCGAUGAACUUAAAGGAAUCAUGGUUCGGAACAUAGACCUAGUGGCACAAAGAGGGGAGAAGCUGGAGUUGCUGAUUGAUAAAACAGAAAAUCUUGUGGAUUCGUCAGUCACCUUCAAGACUACCAGCAGGAACCUUGCUAGAGCCAUGUGUAUGAAGAAUCUCAAGCUUACCAUCAUAAUCAUCAUUGUAUCAAUUGUUAUCAUCUAUAUUAUUGUAUCAGCUGCUUGUGGUGGGCUUGCAUGGCCAAGCUGUGUGCAGAAGUAAUUGGAGGCAACUGGUGCUGGUCAGUUGAAGAUGAGAAUCACAGGAGUGUGAAGAAUCAACCUACAGAAUAACUCUUAAUCUUUCACUACUGACACCUUCUCAUUCUUCCAUCCCUCCUGGACUUCAGACUUUUUUUGCCUUACCAACCCAAACAGGCCCAACUGGUCCCUGCUUCUGUGCAGCUGUAACCUCAAGAAUGGGCUGUUUUAAAUUACUUGAAGGAAUUUUUUUGUUCUUCUGUCCAAACUACAACCUUCUCAGCUGGGUGGGCAGUACAGCCAGCUCUGAAGUGUGCGCAUGCUUGCCCAUAUGUACAUGCAGCUUUGCACUUCCAUGUGAAUGUGUUAAGUGGACAACAGAAUUACUAGCAGCUGUCCUACUGAUGAAGAUUGUCUUGAGAGUAGUUCAGGGUGGGUUGAGCCCAGCUAAUGGGGGAGGGAAGAGAUGGGAUGUGAGUGGAUUUCUUUCUUACAGAUGUAAGAUCCAGCUGUCUCCCUGCACCCCUGGCUGUAUGUGGAAGUGUAUAGCCCUUCUGUAGUGUUCAACAGCCCAAAGUUACCAGUGCAAUAUUGGUAGUAACAAAAAGGCUUUGGGUAGAAGCUUGUGCUCUAAGAUGCAAGUGCUGCUUCUGUAUGAAAUCUCCCUUUUCCUGGAGGUCGUUCUGCAGUUGGUAGGAGAAGGUGUUUUGUCACCUCAACACUUGGCCUCUUUCAUCCUCACUGCCUCCUCCUUAAUUUGUAGCUAAAUCCUUACAGUCAAGGAGAUGGUUGCAUAUGGCUAAGGCUGCAAUAAUGUAUCUGCUUUGUCACAUCUCAUUUCUCUUUAUUUUGAGGGUGAACUAAAAUUGAUACUAAUGUAAUCACUUGUUGGGGUACACCUGGGAGCCAGUCUGAUUUGGCUUGAUAAGGUGUCAGGUAUCACCUGCUUGUUUUUGUGCUGAAGGUUUGUGCUAAAAACCAAGUACAGAGAAGGGACAGCACACUGGAGUUGAUGCACAGUUACUUUUUCUGUUGGUCUGGUGAGUUACUUUUUCAGAGGACCUUGCAACUGUUUCUUAAAGAAAUAAACCUCCAAGGCUAAUAAUAACCAAAUGUAGGUCUGGGUCCCCUGAUGGUAUGCUGCUAUUGGAAUACGGGGCAAAAAUUCUGACUGCUUUGGUUAGUGUCCACAGAUUGUGGACACCUUAUUUCUGUCCUAUCAGCCCUGGGAAAGAAGGGCUGCACAAGGAAGUAGGGCACCAUGGUAGUUUGAGGUCCUGGUUGUCUGGAUCAGAAGCUGUUGUUGCUUGGAGGGUGUGAGUGGCUUACAGCCUUUUAAGUCUUAUGUCUUAAGGCUCAUUUUCAAGAUGCAAAAUGGAAACAACUGAAAUCUGAUGAAAGCAUCAGUGAUCUAAAAAGGAGCUGCAUCUUUUUGGCCCAGAGAAGUAGCUUGCUUCUAAUGGUGGAUAGAAGCUGUGCAGACAUAGGAAAGGGAGGCUUAAUUCAGUGGCUAAACUCUUGCUCUUGGUUGGUGUCAGGUAAUCUUGACUCCACAUAAGUGUUCAUGCAACUUCUUUCCUUAUGUGGGUUCUCUGAGCUGUGUGACAUGGGCUUGUAGGGCAAUGAAAUAAAAUUGCUGCUCUUCCAUAUCCUUUUCUUGGUGUGUGCUACACUGACUCUGGAGUUUCCAGGCAGAUGCUGGCUGAAGAGUACCCAUGUAAGCCUGUGCUACUUGGAUUUGUCUUCUAGGCUACAAUUCAAAAAAAUAGUCAGAUCAUGAUAUCCAAAAAGUGUCAGUGACUUUUUUGAUCAGCAUUGUGGUCACUUGCAUCUCUCUAUUUUGUUAGUCCAAUGUACAGCUCAUAGAAAGACUUCAGUCCUCUUGAAAUGGCUUAUCUGGAAAAGGAUGUGGAAGACAAUCAUCUUUAUUUUUUCCUUGUUACUCAUACAGCCACCCACAGCUCAGUGUACAAUUGUGCAUGUUUUAGGGACUGUUGCUGUGUUCAUUUCUAUAAUUUGUCUUAUGUACAACACUUUUUAAAGAAAAUAAUUCCUCUCCUUUUAAAUGAUGCACUGAGGCAUUAGUGUAAAACAAAGUUAACCUGGUUUAAAUAAAAUUACUGUAGAGAAAGCA